CAUUUUUGGGUUUUAGGGUUCUUCGCUGUUCAUGGCGACAAAGAAUGCCGAGCAGAGGAUUGCGGGAUUGCCGGCGGCAUUGCAAGCGCUGCGCGAGCUCGUCGUGUGGCCUGUGAGAUUCUCGGCUGAAGCCUCGUCGAUCGGCCUCAAGUGGUCUAGGGGUCUUCUUCUUCACGGGCCUCCGGGAACUGGAAAGACGACUCUUGUCCGUGCUAUUGCCGAGGAAUGUAACGCUCAUCUUAUAUCACUCAGUGCAGGCUCCGUACACAAGGCUUACGCUGGAGAGAGUGAGCGAGUUCUCAGGGAUGCUUUCUCUGAGGCUGGAAAGCAUGCGGAGAAUGGCUCUCCAGCGAUUAUCUUUAUUGAUGAGAUUGAUACUCUUUGUCCCCGCCGUGAUGCAAGGCGAGAGCAGGAAUCGCGAUUGGUCGCGCAGCUGAACACUCUAAUGGACGGUGUUGCAAAAUCUAGCGAAGAGUCCUCUAAAGUGUUCGUCGUCGCUGCAACGAACAGAGUGAAUGCAGUCGAUCCAUCACUUCGAAGACCAGGCCGUUUCGAUAAGGAAAUUCUGGUGAACGCGCCAAACGCGAGCGAACGGUUUCAAAUCUUGAACCUUUACGCGCAAAACAUUCCUAUGGACAGCAGUGUCGACCUCGAAGCUCUUGCAGAUCGAUGUAGUGGCUACGUGGGCGCCGACCUGGAAGCUCUGUGUCGAGAAGCUGCAAUGGCAGCUCUCCGGAGAUCAUUGAAGAAUGGCAGCAAAGAAGACGAGAAGCUUGUUACUUCCAAAGAUUGGGACAGUGCUCGGACGAAAGUUGGUCCAAGUGUUGUGAGGGGCGUUGCAGCAGACGUUCCGAAAGUGUCGUGGGAUGAAAUUGGUGGCUUGCAAGAUGUGAAGAAAAAGCUUCAACAGUCUGUGGAGUGGCCAAUUAAACAUUCCGUCGCUUUCCAGAGGCUAGGACUGCGCGCCGAUCGUGGAGUUCUAUUGCACGGACCACCUGGAUGCUCGAAGACUACACUUGUCAAGGCCGUCGCUCACGCUGCACAAGCUACUCUUUUCUCAUUAAGUGGAGCCGAAAUGUUCUCCAUGUACGUCGGAGAAGGCGAAGCACUUUUGCGCGACACAUUUCGUUUGGCUCGAGUGGCAAAGCCAAGCAUGAUCUUCUUCGACGAGGUGGACGCCAUCGCGUCCAGCCGAGAAGAUAACUCCAAAGAUGGGCACUCGGUUGGCGAAAGACUACUAUCGACAGUGUUGACAGAGAUUGAUGGACUUGAAACACUGCAGGGUGUCCUCGUCGUAGGAGCCACAAAUCGACCGUCAGCUAUAGACUCGGCUUUGUUAAGGCCGGGGCGUUUCGAUCGUGUGAUCUAUGUUCCACCUCCAGAUGCUUCGGAAAGGUUAGAAAUCCUGCUCGUCCACACCAAAAAGAUGGCUCUCGCUCCCGACGUCGAUCUCGGACAGAUUGCCAGCGCUACCGAGUGCUUCACCGGGGCUGAAUUGGCAUCGCUGUGCCGAGAAGCCGCCAUCGCUGCUCUGCGAGAAGACGUCCAGAACGCGAGCGUGGUGUGUAACAGGCACUUUCAACACGCGAGAGAUCACAUCUCUCCCGCGCUCACGAAGCUGGAAAUCGCGAGCUAUGAAAGCUUCUCGCGGGAAAGAUAGAAAACCAAAGGUUAAGUCGCUGUGUUUUGUGCUAAUGGAUGAUUAGCCUUUACAGGAGAAAAGCUUCCACGGUUAGCUUAAAACUUAACGGCGUCGUUAAAAGCUUUAGCGUCAGACACGGAGCAACGGCUACCAACUAGGCUUGGGGCCGCCGAAGCUCAGGUUCGGGCAGUGGCUAGGCGCUACGAUCGAUUUCUUCUUCCUUCCAUCGAUUCCUCCUCCGCGCGGCUGCGGCCGAUAGGCGCUUGGCCGAGCGUCAAAGAUUGGGAAUUCGCCGAGGUUUUGAGCUACAGUGCCGGAUUUCCUCCCACUGUUGCCGCGAUUUCACUCUAGAUCUAAGGGCGAUUUGGAGGUUUUGAGGCUCUCUUUCUGCCGGAUCGUCCAAUGGUGGGAGUUUUCACACGCAUUGCCCGAGGCGUGUCAGGGGACCACCACAACCAUUUCCCGCAAGGAACUGAAACAAAGGCACACACUGUACUGGCAGUGACUUUAAAAGAUGCGAUUGGAGCCGCGAGGCUGGAUCUGGGCGUGAUGGAAGAAUUCGCCCCAGUGGAACAUCCACUCGAGCCUCCGGACCAUGACAAGCCGGUUCGCUGCCCUCCGCCGGAACCAUGCAUCGUUCACGAUGGCCGGAUAUGGAAAGAGCGCGCUGCGAGACGAAGAGCCGAGUAUCCAAUCGCGCGAGAGACUAGCCUUCCCACGUCCUACCAGCGGCGGCAGAAGCUCGAGCACAGCAAUUUCUUGCUGCCAUCCUUCAGUGCUCCCGAGAAACAUCUCCUCAAAAUGAUAGAGCACGCCGCCGCCGCCAAGCCCAGCGCCGCCAAGUCCCCCGCCACCACCACCGCCACCGCCGCCGCCGCCGCCGCCGCCCCAGACAACGAUCUCCAACGAAAAAUCGAAGAGCCCGUGGGAUGAAACUCUCAUCUCCAAUGGUUCCCUGUACUAUACAUUCUCCACGAGGUAAAUAUACUAUGACGUGUAAUGCCAA